AUGGAGGUUUCAAUGUUUACAGGCUUCAAUGAUAUGGAAAUGGAUGAUCUUAGCUUCAUAGAUAAUAUCCUUCAAGUCAACUCAAUGGAAGAGAUUUUUGAACCAUCAUCAUCGACAUUUUUACCUGCUUAUGGCAAUAACUUUCAGCAACAUACUAAUGAAGCUGAUCAUCAUCAUAUAAUACCCACCCAACAUCCCAAGAUUACAAACAAUAAUCAAAGGAGUAAUUCAUAUAUGAUUGAUCAUGCAUUGAAUUAUUCACAAGAUCAAGAUGCCUGUAAAUUCAAUAUGUUGUCUUUUUCAAAUUCUUCAAGUUGCUUAAACAAUAAUACUAAUUGCAUUGUUACCUUCCCCACUGAAAUGGAGCUGGUUUCUGAUCAAGCUGCAAUUGACAAACAAGGUUCCAUUUCGAAGGCUCGUCGAGUUGCUAAUGGAAGUAGCAGCUUUGCUAGCUUGUCACAACAAUCUAAGGACCAUAUUAUAGCUGAGAGGAAACGUCGAGAAAAACUUAAUCAGAGGUUCAGGGUUUUGACAACCAUCAUUCCUGGGCUAAAGAAGAUGGACAAGGCUUCAGUCCUAGGAGAUGCAUUCAAAUACGUAAAACAAUUGCAAGAACAAGUGAAGAAACUCGAGGAAGAAACUAAGAUGAAAACAAUAGAAUCAACUGUUUUAGUGAAAAGAUCUAAGGUAGUUUCUGAAGAAGAAGAUGAUGAUCAUUUCUCUUCAAUGGAAGAUGAUGAUGCAAUCUUUGAUUGUUCUUGUACUGCUCCAUUCCCAGAAAUCGAAGUCCGAUUUUCCAACAAAGAUGUUCUUAUAAGAAUUCAUUGCCAAAAGAAGAAUGGAGUUUUUGAAGAGCUUUUAUCUCAGAUUGAAAGUCUCCAUUUAGUUGUUAUUAACAGUAGUUCAUUGGUAUAUGGAUGUGCUUCUCUUGAUGCCACGAUUAUUGCUCAGAUUGGUGCUGAAUUCAACAUGACAACCAAGGAUCUUGUGAGACAUUUAUACACUGCUCUCUCAAACCUUUGA